AUGAAUUUUUGCCAACUUCAAAACUUACUCAAAAUUCCAAAUCUCAGUGCAUAUUACCCUACCUCGGGUCGCAAACCUCAACAUGCAUUGCUAAAAUGGUGAGAAAGCAAAUACCAAUGACUCAUUCAAAUGGGUAUCUCUCAUGUGGUGAAGAUGCUCCUGCAGGUCCACAUUCUCAUGAAGAUGUGCAAAAUAUAGAUGAAGUAGCUAUUAAUCAUAGUGUUGAGGAGACACAUGAAUGUGUAACCACAUCCAUUCUAAUAUCAAAAGAAUCUCAUGAAAAAAAUAUAUAUAACAAAAUCAUAGGGAUUAUGGAUGCGAUGAUGCUAAGGUAAUGACCUAAUGUCAAAUAAAACGUUUCACCAUGCAUGAUAAAAUGGUGAUAAUAUCGACAUAUUUCAACCAUUAUGCCAUUAAAGUGCUAGGAAGGACAUUAAGUUUGUCUUGUCUAGCUUUAUGAGUGGAACAUAUCUUAAUCUCUUGAAUAACCUUGGGACUGAAAAUAUAUAUUUACAAAUGAUCGAGAUAUAGCUAUUCAAGAGGAUUAUUUGCAUUUUCCUUUUGUCAUGGACCUUCCAAUUGUGCUUGACUUGACAAAGCUCCUGUUGACCUCCACAUUCAUGGUUUAGCCACCUAUGUUGCUAACCGGUAGAUACAAGGGUGUUGCUUAUGAGUCCAUUGAGACUUCAUACCCACCAAUCUUUAGCUCUCUCAUUUGCAUAUGACGAUGGUUCAAACUCACAAAAAACCUUGACCCCCACUUGGGUAGAUGAUAUUACAUUCUUCAGUGUUUGGAAAUAUUACUAAUAUUACAUUGUAGAAGCAUACAAUAUAUUAUUCUAAAAUGAAGAUGUGAGAGAGAACAAGAUUUUUGUAAGACCAUAAGGCAUGAAAGCCAAGCUUUGAGGUUUAAGGUUGGAACUAAUGAAAGCCUCCACCGGAUCCAGCUUGGGAUCUGUUUGGGUCUAGUUUCUCGCUGAAUAUUAGUUUAUAUUGGGUAGGAAUUCAUGAAUUUAUCUCGAAAAUGCUGAAAAUUGAUUGUUUUUUAAAUAAUUACUUGGGAUCUUGCCGGGUCUAUUUUUCUCGCUGAAUAUUAGUUUAUGUUGUUGAGGAAUUCAUGAAUUUAUGUCGGAACUGCUGAAAAUUGUUUUUUUUUUUUUUAAAUAAUUACCAAAGUCGGUAACUGCCAUGAAGAUGAAUAAUGGGUGACCUUUCCUCGGCCAGAGGCCCAGUUGAAAGUCAUUCCUGCCCAGGGGAAGAUGGGUGACCUCUGUGCUCCUAGGAGUCGGUCUUUUGACGGUCAGGUUUAGAUCCAUCAUCCUGGGCUAACGCUUUACCUCAUUGGAAAUGACGAUAUAACCCUCAUCGAUGGUAUCCUCUCUCUCUCUCCAUCUCUCUCGUGCACAGGCAGUCCGGGAGUUCCCUUCUGUGCCGCCUUCUUCAGCUCGAGGACAUGGCUUGUAUCGUCACCAUGAGCAGCCCCGCCUUGCAGGGUCCUCGUAAUUCCUCCCCUUCGCUCCUCCGGUGCGGCCCGUCGAGGCCUUCAAUGAGAAGGAACCAGGGGGUCCUCGCCGAUACGUUCGGAACCCCCAUCAGAUGGCCCCAGACAAGUCUGGUUCAUCCCCGCGGAAAAAUGGUACCCUAGAUGUGCGGAAUUCGCUCGUCCAUGGACGAGCAUACUACUCGUCUCCGAUGUUACUGCUUUUCGUCACUUUCAAUUCUUCCCGUACUCUGUGAGCGCAGAAGCACCGGCGAGCAUGUUCAGAAGACGAUUCCGAGGACAGGGGGGGGGCGAUUCAAGAAGGUUACCGGCUCCUCCUCCUGCCCAUUCCUUCCAGCGAGCCCUCUACUUAUGGAAUUUUCUCAUAUUUCUUUUCGCCGUUUUGUAGAGGAGGAGGUGAAUGAUUUGGGCGUCAAAGUGGCACUCUCCAUGCUGAAAUUUUACAAGAGUGAGAUCGACUAUCUCUCUUCCUCGUCGCUGCUUUCUCCCCUCCGUAAGGAACUUACCGGCGUGCUGAUCUUGACCGGGUUCGGGCGUGAAGGGGAGAUCUCGCCUCUGCUGCCUUCGAGCUGUCGAUACGUCCCAACAUGCAGCGAAUACUCGAUGCAGGCGUACAAGAAGUAUGGUGUGGCCAAGGGCACCAUUCUGACGGCUUGGCGUCUCUGCCGCUGCAAUCCUCUCGGUAAACUCUGAUUCGAGAUUCAUCUCGUCUGCCAGAACAGAUUGCCCUUGUUUUUCCCCGCCGUUUCCCAUGAUAUUUCUGCCCACAAAUCACCGACGACAGAUGAGUUUUCUUCUCAUGAUUGGGAGUUCGAACCUGAACAUGGACUGCGGCUGGAAGCCAUGCAAGACGCCACAAGUUCUACCCUUCCCCGCUCCUCCUUCCUCCCACCCUGCAGUAACACAGACCACCCAGGAGAAUGAGCAGGCUGAACUGUUAUCCCCAUCUCCUGAGAUCCUGGAAGUCCCUUCUUUUUUAACAGGAAUCACUGACAGUUCUAAAUUAUUCGGAUUUUUCUGCUAAAUGGGCAAAACUCAAAUCCACCAGCGUUUUUUUUUUUGGGAUUAUUUUUUCCCCCUUUUUGGAAUUAAGUUGUCUCCUUCCGUCAUUAGUCAUCACGCAUCAAGAAUCUUGCAGUCCUUGUGCUUAGUGUCAUCUGCCUCUCCCUAUCUCUCUCUCCCCGGAUUGGAGAGGUGGGGGGGUUGACUUGAUGUCUGACCUUGCCAAGCUUUUCAAAGGAUGAUGAGGGGAUACAGCAGCCUCCCUCAGACACCACGAGGUCUCCCAUUAUUAGUUUCUAGCCUGUAACUUAUAAUCUUCACCGAUGGCAUCAUUUUUUUUUUUAUUUAUUGCUAAGAUUGAUAAUUCAUCGAAGGAAGUCAACUCUGACCUUCAUCGACUGCUCCUAGCUUUGACCUCGGUACCUGUGUUCUAAUCGGGCUCUCUUUUAAACUGCAGGCGGAUCUGGCUUUGACCCUCCUCGAUGGUUUGACGAGGAGACCCCAACUGAUCCCCAACCCUAG